UAGGAAUAUUCUCUCAGAGAGGAAGUGGAGCUCCUCUCCUCCAAUAGAAAUAAGCCUGUAGAUCAGCAGUCCCGCCCCCGCGGAUCCGGCUGCGCUCUGUAGACAUGCUUAAACUGCUCCCACGGCUUCUGCAUCAGGCGAGGAUUCAUCAGUUCAUCAGGAGCUGCAGCUCACUGAGGCCUCUACCUGUACUAACUCUGUUUACUAAGGAUCCAUGUCCUUUAUGUGAUGAAGCAAAAGAGGAGCUUGAACCAUAUAAACACAGGUUUGUGUUACAGGAGGUCGACAUCACCCUCCCUGAAAACAGUGUGUGGUACGACAGAUACAAAUACGACAUCCCAGUGUUUCAUCUGAAUGGACAGUUUUUAAUGAUGCACCGAGUAAAUAUGAAGGUCUUGGAAAAACGCUUGAAAAAUACAGAGAAUGAAGCUGUUCAGCAAUUUCUUAAUGUAACAUAGAUCUGGAAAAAUACAACUGUGUAUAACUGUUUUACCAGAGGUGAGGUAGAUUACCACAAAUAUAAACUCAAGUUAACAUACACUCUGUGGACAAAGGUAUUGGGACACCUGCUCAUUCAUUGUUUUUGUGAAAUAAAGGGCAUUUAAAAGAG